UUAAGCUGGUAGAGUUAUGUUGGACUAACAUUUUGAUGCAAAACCUCUCAAAAGUCUUCAGCUGACUUAAUAACUGCUAAUAUCUGCUAUGUGAGGGUCAUACUGUAGCAUAUGAUUUACAUCAUUAUCAUACUCAUCAAACCAUUCACUGACCCUUGUGCCCUAUGAAUAAGGCAUUGUCAUUCUGUAAGAAUGCAGUGAUAUUAGAAUAGAAAUGUUUUCCUCACUGGAUAAAGAUAGAUCACUUAGAACAGCAAUGUAAUGAUUUUUUAAUGACCCAUACGUCUAAGGGGAUAAAAAUGGUACCUCAACCCUGCAAGCAAAACACUUACCUAAUAGCGCCACUGCCUUUUCUGUUAAUUUACUUAUACUCCAACCAAUGCUACUUUAAGGUAAGUAGGACCCAACUCCGUGCUUUGUUUACAAAAAACAAAACAAAAACAAAACAAGACUUACUUUUACACUGCUCUUACUCUCUGUUAUGUUUUGUGUGUGUGUGUGUAUAUGUGAACCUGUCUAGAUAGGUCAGUUUUUUGGUGAGGUGGAUCCAGUGCUGAUGACCAACCUGGUCAACACCUCCCUGUACUCCUUGAACAAGACUUAUGACUAUCAGUCUGUCUGUGAUCCAGAGAAAGACAGCAAGGCAGCAGCUGGACCCCGCUCCGUCUAUGUGCCUACCAUUGCAGACUUUCUCAGUAUUGGCUGGUGGGCAUCCACUGCUGCCUGGUCAGUACUUCAGCAGCUCUUCUUGGGUCUCAUGUUCCCCAGCCUUCUACAGGCAGAGUCGACAGAUGACGACAUAUCAGAUGCCAUGUUUAAAGAAAGCUGUAUCACAGAGCAGACUCAAUAUUUCUUUGACAACGACGAAAAAUCCUACUCAGGUGUCCUGGAUUGUGGAAACUGUUCCAGGAUGUACCGUGCUGAGAAGCUGCCAAACACCAACCUUGUGUUUUUAAUCACUGAUGCCAAAGCAACAUGUUUGUCAUGUGAUCCCAGACCACUGCGACAGGCUGAACAGCCCUCUGAAGGUCCAGAUCCAUGUGACAUGGUUGAUAAAGCCAGAUAUCGCAAAGGGCCGGACGUGUGCUUUGACAACAAUGAAUAUGAAGACGAUUCUGAUUGUGGAGGAGGGACUUGUCUAAGACCGAGCCUUUGGCCAGUGUUCGGGUUUCAGCUGCUGCUGUUGUGGCUCAGCACAUCUUUGCAACACUCAUGACCCCUACACGCGAUUACAUACACUCAUACACUGAUCAUCGAGUCAUUUCGCUGGAGGCCAGAAGACACUCGAGUUGCACCAUACAGGAUGUAUGCAGAAUAUUUGCAACAAGACAUUUUUAUUUUCUCAAGACCAAUAUCAGCAUUUCCAUUUGCCAAUGCCAAAGGGUGCUCAUUCAUUACCUCCUCAUUAUUUUCCAAGAAGAGAGACACAUUUACUGUGCUCAGCUGCACUCAUUUUCAUGAUAUACUCCUUAAUAUUCUCCUAUGGUGCAAGAGUAAGAGCUAACCAAACCCUUUAAUUCUGCCUCAUUUUCUCUUGUGUGUCUGAUUUAUUUUGAGGAGGUUGAAAGACGUUUUCCCGCUAUGCCAACUAAAUCUCAUUCGAAGCCUGUAUGUUCACUGACAGCAUUGAUUUGUGUGGUUGUCGGUAUUGUUUGUUGCUUAUUAUAUUCAUUGUGUAUGAAUAAGUAUGCUGUAAGGAUCGUUUAUUUUGGCAACCAGAGCAAGUAUUAAGAGUAUCCCUUUUGAUUUGUUUUUAAAUGUACUUUACCAACCUAUCUACAUUUCAUUUUUGUACUCAAAAUCAAUAAGCAUUUUGUGUCUAGCUAGGUGUUGUAUUGUAGCAGCAUGUGCUCAGUACAGAGCGAAAGACAACACCGACUUUUUGACACCAAAGCUCCACACAGUACCAAUGACCGCAAACCUACUAAAGAGAAUCUGCACAAUAGCUUAAUUCGAGAUAUUCCUCAGAUGUGGGUGUACAUCAGUAAACAAGCUACAUUAUUAGCUAGAUAUUAUAGAUAUUUCACCAAGAGAUAAGUGAGGUCAGGUUGCAUCCAAUGUGAUAAUCUAUUAGGAUAUUGCAAUUUUCAAAUAUAUUUGUACUUCAAGUGACAGCUUUGGUUGUCUUCAGUUUGAUGCAUCAAAUUCCCAGUGCCUAUGUAGUAAAUCAAGCUGUCUGGUAUUUGAAUGAAGCAACACAUCAGAUUUGUAUUCUUACCACGUAUGCUUCUAUGCUAACGCUUGCUGCAGUUUAGCAGAGAGGGUAUCCCUUGCAGUAAUUUGUUAUGAAAUAGUCCAAAUCUGCUGCAGUUCUUCUGCUUUUUUGGCUUACAGAUAGGUGAUGGAAACAACCGUUGACUUUGAUGAUGAGAGAGGAAUAUCAUUCCCCUCUUUUGCCAAAACAAAGCUAAGCCAGGCUUGAGCUUGGGUUCCAACACCUCUCUUUAUUAAUCCUGUUUCUGUUUCCUUUCUGGAUCGCCAGACUCAGGAGCCAAGAUGACUUGUGAAUGAGAUCAGCAUAUCAAAAUGACUGUUUCUUUGUUUUCUUGCUGUUCUCUUUAUGCUUGUUUCCUCUUUGUGUUGCUCUAUAAGUGCUGUGAAGCAGACGCUGAAGGCUCAGUGUCGAAAUGCUGCAAUGUCAUGGGAUGAGCUUGUUCUGUGUUUGAACUCUGUCUAUGCCUACGAUCAGCAUCAGGGCAUGCUGGAGAGAACUUUGAGAGCACUCUUUUACCAAUGAUAAUUUUCCAUUGCCUUACUUUGUCUUAGGUUUUAGUAAGUCAUAAAGAUCAUACAUAAGUUCAUCUUUUCCCUGUUUCUUUUUUAAGAAUAAAAGUAAUGUUCUCUCCACCUCGCCUUCAUGGUGAUAUACUGGUGUGAUCAGGUUAUGCUGUCUAGCAAAGUUAUGUGUUGACUUGUGUUUUACCCUGAGGGUCCCCUGUCUGUGUGCAGGCAUGUAUGUGUCCCUCCGAUAUCUGAUUGUGCUUUAAUACCGUACAUGAAAUACUCUUUUGUGGAUCUUCACUAGCCUGAAUAAAUUUUGUAUACAUUUGUACACUAAUACUAUUUACUGUAAAAAAGAGAAAAUGGAAGAAAUGAAAAAAAUGUUUAUAAUAUGGUGUUAGUUAUUGUGCAUAUAUAAUAAAUUCACAAAAA